AUGGACAUUGACGAGGUCGAGGUACCCGUCCCCGAGCUGGGUGCGCCAACGAGCGACGACUCUGGCGUCUGGGGUAUGCCCAAGUGGGGCCUCGAAGACGAGCGGCCCGAGGUGCGCCCCGGUGUCCGUCUCGUCGGCAUGGAGGAGCUCCCUGCACUGAUCGAGCGCCACUCACUGCUCGACACCCCGAGCCAGGUCGUCUUUCCCUGGCUCCACGGCAUUGCCGACGAUGGGAUGAAGGGGCGCGAGAUGGGCGCCUUCUUUGGCUACGCCCCGCCCUUUGAACCCCCUCCCUACCGCGGCCUCACUGUCGUGCUGGCACCGCCUCACCCCCUCGAUAAGCAACAGCGGCUUGCGACGUCGCCUGUUAUCGCGACGUCCCCCUUGGCCCCGUCUCAUGAGCUCGUGGGCGGCGCACGUCCGCCCUCCCCGAACCAUCUCGACCUGCCCCCGCCGCGUGAGAGUGGCUCCAACUCUUCCGGCUCAUACUCGUCGACCGGAAGCACGGCCAUCACGUCGCCCACGACAACCGCCGAGUCACUCGACCCAUCGACACCGCCGUCCACCACUCACAAGCUCCACGCCACCGUCGGCGUGCACGAGGUUUCGUCAGAGUCCGAGGGCGAGCUGCUCGAUGUCCAGAUGCACCCGUGCGCUGACAAGCGUGUCGGCGUAGCCAGCCCCCACUCGGAGAAUGCUGCGCCGCCCGAGAUCGUCCCGGACGACGAUUCGGACAGUGACAGCGAUGAAUCCUACAUCUCGGACGACGACCCGGGACCCAACUGUAUCCUCAUGAACGCUGUCCAUGCGCAGGACGUGUUCGAGCUCCCGCAGUACCCGCCGCCGGGCCGCCGGCCGAGCUUUGGUCGGGCUGCGCUCAACGCCGACGGGCGGCCAUGGGGUCGCUUCCGCGCGCCCCGUCUCCCCAACCAGAUCAACCUCCGCAACCUGAACAUUCAGCAGAUCAAGUACGCGACGAUUUCCGAUAUCAUCGUGUACACGCGCAACGGCGUGGGCCCCGGCGUUCUCGAGGUCGCCGAGGCGAUGGCGGUCGCGCAGGACGAGCUGUACCGCCAGCGUGUUGAGGAGUUUUACCGCCACGUCCACGGCCGUGGUGAUGGGGAGGGCCUGAACCGGCCCGUCAAGUAUGGCGUGUGGGUUCUCGUAGAGCCGUUCUCCAAGGUCGAAAAGUUCUGCCCCGACCUCGUCAACAUUGACUGCAUGGGCAACCAGACGGCCAACUCGCGCCUCGUCGACUUGUUCGAGCGCGAGGCGUACGAGAGCCGUGCCAUGACCCGUGCUUCCGAAGUCGUGGAGGGCUUCUGGGUGGGCAACGACACGGACGUGCCUGGCGGCGCGGACGAUGGUGCGGGCGCCAGAGUCCCGUUCGACCUGUGCGUCAAGGCGUCCGAGUGCUCGGACAUGCCAACGAGCGCGGCGAUCGCCGUCGCAUACCGCCAGCUCUUGGCGCUCGACCGCUUCCGGGGGCAACAGGACGAGCUGCAGAGUUCGUGGACGGCGUCACCCGCCACCAUGGCGCUGCGCAACCUCCUUUCGCCCACUGGGCCUGCCACGCCCCAAGUCGCGGAUACGAUGCCGGUCCCUCGCCCGCGCGUAAAUGCGUUCGGCACCUCGCCGGAUGAGUCGCACAUCUACGCGCAGCAACACGCCUCCGAGAACCACUACGUCGCCAUCGAGUGCGCGGGCUCAUGUAGAACCAUCACGGGCCAAAUGCGCAACCUCGCCACGAUGACCGAAAAGGUGAUUGAGCUCGUGACUUUCCUCCGCAAAAUCAUCGAGGGGCGCGACAAGACAGGCAUCAAGCGCCGAGUCCUCAUCCACUGCCAGGACGGGUACACCGAGUCGAGCAUCCUCGUGCUCUCGUACAUCAUGGCCUCGCUCGGCGUCUCGCUCCCCGAAGCAUACCUGCACCUGCAGCUGGUGGCGAAGCGCUCCUUCUUCCUCUACCCGACGGACAAGCCGCUGCUGCACCGCAUCGAAGCGCGGCUGGCGCAAGAGCGGCGCGAGCGCGCGCUCAAGUGCGUGCGCGCGAGCAACGGCUCCGCGUCCCCCGCCUCGCCUGCGCCGAGCUCCCCCGCCCGCUGGAAGCCGUGGGGCUUUAUGCGCAGCCCGCCUGAUACGCGAGACACGCGGCAAGACAGGCCCGAUGCGCGGCAAGACGCCGCGCGCCGCGUCCUCGUCGACGAGGGGCAGGGCGGGAGCCAGGCCGCCCUCGACUGCCGCGUCUGGUUCGAAGACAAGCGCUUCGACGGCUUCCCGUCACGCAUCCUCCCGUUCCUUUACCUCGGUAACCUUGAGCACGCGGGCAACGCCGCCAUGCUCAAGGCGCUAAAUAUUACGCACGUCGUGUCGGUCGGCGAGAGCCUGCUCGACGUCGCGAUCGAUCAUGACCCGCUGCAUGGGUAUGUCGGCAGCAACACGCUCGCGGCCGAGGCGAGAGCGGGGCGGAUUCAAGUCCUCGACCUCGCCGACGUGCGCGACGACGGCAACGACCCCCUGCGCCCCGUCAUCGCGCGUGCAUGCGAGUGGAUGGAGGGCGCCCGCGCCGCCGGCGGCAGCGUGCUCGUGCACUGCCGAGUCGGCGUGUCGCGCAGCGCGAGCAUUGUCAUGGCCUACCUGAUGAAAUACCGCCGCAUGGGUCUCAUGGACGCGUAUCUCAUGACACGCGCGCGGCGCUUGAAUGUCCUCAUCCAGCCAAACCUCCGCUUCUUCCACGAGCUGUUCGGGUGGGAGGUCGAGCUCGCGCGCGCCGAGGCCGAGGAGCGCGCGGCGCGUAAGCGCGAAGCGAUUGAAGCUGGCGUGCGCGACCCCUCGGCACUCGCGCUUCUCGAUCGCGAGCCCCCACCGCGCAAGAUUCUGUACACGUGGCCAACGUUUUGUCGCGAUGUGCACUGCUUGAACCGCCGGUUCCUGUGCAACUAG